AGUUCUGCAGGCGGAGGCGGCUGGGCCGCCCGCAGCGGGGGGAGUCUGGGACGGGACUAGAGGAGACGCGACGCAGGCUCGGGUAUUGCUGUAGCUAGUAAAAUGCUUUAGUGAGUGUGUCGGGGAACAGAGGAAUGUUGUCAAUCAAGGAAGCCUAUUUAAGCUAAAACACUGAGAAUGGAGUCUAAACCUUCAAGGAUUCCUCGAAGGAUAUCAGUUCAACCCUCCAGUUCCUCCUCUUUAAGUGCUAGAACAUUGUCUGGAAGCAGAGGAAGCAGUUUAACUGAUGCAUAUCAUACAAGAGAAUCUUCACUGAGACUGGAUUCUGGAUGUCAGGAAUCCAGUCUGUUGCAUAGUUCCAGUAGAGACUGGGGAAUUGGAGAAAGAGGAGAAGCUCAUGAAACUCCUUGGAAGCUUACUAGUUCCUCUCCAACUCACUACUCGGGGACACUUGAUCGUCCAUGGUCUGGAAGAUUUUUGGGAAGCAGAAGCAGAUUGUCUACAUCCUCCUCCUCUCCUCUUUCAUCUACUUGGUAUGGUGAAUCUGAGAGAACUCAGGGAGCGUACUCAAGACUACAUAACCAGCAGCGGGAUAGUGAUUCAAAGAGACCUAAGCUUUCCUAUACAUCUACCUCUUCUGUGAGAAGUAAUGGCUUAAAUGCAGUUUCAGAUUCCUCAUGGAGGUAUAAUCAAGUUCCUAGAUCUUCGUCAGUGGUACUCAGUUCUCUGGGAACUGAGCUAGUGAGAGAGAGGAGAGAGCUAGAAAGGAGAACAGAUCCAUCUGUUAGUAGUCUUGUGGAUUAUAGUCACAGGAGUGGUGACUUUACAUCUUCAGCAUAUCUUCAGGAUAGACCUGCCUCUUCAUAUGCACAGGGAGCAAGACCAAAAGAUAAUUCAUUGAGCACUUUGAGGCUGAAUACAUCCAUGAACCGCCAGUUGCCUUCUGAACAUGAUUCAUCUUUAUUCUCCGGAGUCUCUAGCAGAAGCUCUUCAAGAUCUAACUAUUCUACAAGGGAAAUGGAAUCUUCUCAAAGGAAUAUACAGCCAGAGUUUACCCACAUUGCCAUUAGAGAUGAAAUUCCCUCCACAAGCAGCACUGAAAGGGUUGCGUCUCAAAGGUCACUCAGUGAGCCUCCAGCAGAUACUGAAGGAAGGCGUACAACUAGACAAUUACUAUCUCGUUUAGCUUCUAGUAUGUCAUCUACAUUUUUCUCACGGAGGUCUAGCCAAGACUCAUUAAAUGCAAGAUCAUCAGAUUCUGAAGAUUCAUGUGUUGUCCCAAGAGUUCAAACUUCUACCCACUCUAGCACUAAUGCAACUGCACGUCCUGAAGUUCCAGGCAUUCAGACACCUGAAGCUUCUCAGGGAUUUAGCUUUCUUAGACGAAGAUGGGGCUUAUCAGGUGUUUCACAGAAUCAUAGUUCUGAUUCAGAUGCUGAAAGUUACAGACAAGAGCCUGAAAGUAGAAAUACAGGAUCCUGGUUAUCGUCAUCUCUAAGAAAUAGAUGUACACCUCUGUUCUCCAGAAGAAGGCGAGAAGGAAGAGAUGAAUCUGCAAGAACCUCUACCUCUGAAACACCUGCUAGAUCACUACACCUCUUUAGGAGAAGAGAGUCUAGCGAAGAGACUCCUCUUGAAGCACAGAGCAGCUCCCCUGGGGCUGCUGCCAACAGACCACCAACACCAGCAGUAUCUAGCAGUCCUACAACUACUGCUUCCACACCAGAUUCAGCUCACAGUAGAAGUAGUUCUGGAAUAUCAGGAAUUCUUCCCGGCUCUUUAUUCCGGUUUGCAGUGCCCCCAGCAUUAGGGAGCAGCAUAUCUGACAAUGUUAUGAUAACAGUAGAUAUUAUUCCCUCAGGUUGGAAUCAACCUGAUGGAGAAGAAAGUGACAAGUCUAAAAUAUUAUCUUCAAGAGAUCCUGAAAGACUCCAGAAAAUUAAAGAGAGCCUCCUGUCAGAGGACACUGAAGAGGAGGAAGGUGAUUUAUGUAGAAUCUGCCAGAUGUCAUCUGCAUCUUCUACCAACCUCUUAAUAGAGCCAUGCAAAUGCACUGGAAGUCUGCAAUAUGUUCAUCAGGAAUGCAUGAAAAAAUGGCUGCAGUCCAAGAUUAAUUCUGGUUCUUCUUUGGAAGCAGUAACUACUUGUGAGCUGUGUAAAGAGAAGUUGCAUCUUAAUCUUGAGGAUUUUGAUAUUCAUGAACUCUAUAGGGCACAUGCAAAUGAACAAGCAGACUAUGAAUUUAUCAGCUCUGGUCUCUACCUUGUAGUAUUGUUACACUUGUGUGAACAACGCUUUUCUGAUAUGCUGGGAACUGCAAGUGAGGCCAGCACACGUGUCAGGUUUAUUAACCUUGCAAGAACUCUUCAGGCACAUAUGGAAGAUAUUGAAACUUCAGAGGAUGAUUCCGAAGACAGUGAUGCUGGCAGAAGUUUUGACACUGCUUAAUGCUGCAAGAGCCAAACAGAAGUGCUGCAAAGAUGCUGAACUAGCAAGAAAGUACCAUCAAUAUGCAUUUAUUUUUUGCUCUCUUUA